AUGCUUCCAACUAACAAAGAAGAAGAUAACGGCAGUUCAAAUGCUUCAGAGAAUAGUAGUUAUAAAUCAGAUGGUACGAUGUCUCUAACAGAUGUCAUUAAUUCUGAAAUGUUUUUAAGUGCAUUUAUAAAUUCCAGUAACAUUAACUUAUCAUUGAAGAAUCAAGACGUUAAUAAUCCAAAUAUUGAUAGAGAUAUCGAAGCCAUUAUUGAAAAAUAUGGAUUCACAAUGCAGAAUGAUGGUGAAUCGAGUGUGGAUAAAGAAAAAAUUUCGGUUCAAACAACUUUAUCUACAUUCUAUAAUCCCAAAUACCCUAAUCUGAUAGUUCAUUGGCAACGAAAAGUUCCUCCGUUCUUAAACGAGUUUAUUGAGCUAAAAAUAGGAAAAGAAAUAGAAGCCAGUCCCUCUUAUGAAGCUUCAAGUUCAAUAAUGAAGGGCACGGUUCUUUAUAAACGAUUUGCGAACCUUGUUGAGAAUAAUCCAGCAUUCAAGAAAAACGGUGCCAGUUUUGCAGAAAAUUUACGUGAACUUAGUCGACAGAUCUUUGAUGCCGGAACGGCCUUUGAGGCUAUGUAUAGAAAGGGUGAUAUGCUAUUUUGGGUAUUAGAAAUGCAAAUUGAUCGAAUUAUAAAUAAGUUAGACCAAAGUUUACUUGGUCAAAUUUUUUCAAGAGACGAAUCGUCAUAUUUCAGAGAGAGACUUGACGAAAUAAUUAUGGAGAUUCAGUCUUUCGAAAAGAAAUUACAAAUAGUAACGAGAUUAAUCGAAGAUACAGAAGAUAGAAGAGAUGAUACUACGGAACAAGUCUUGAUAGAUGGAAAAAGGGAAGCAGCAAGACUUAUUGGGUCGAAUGAAUUCUUGCAAACCUUUUUCAAUUCUACAAACGAUUAUGAUUAUGAAGAAGCUAAGGAACUUUCAGAGCAGUCUAGAGAAUUGUUGAAGUUGUCAAAUAAGACAGCUAAAGGUUUACGUGAAAUAAGUGUAUUAUUGGUGAAUUAUAAGUAUUAUUUAAUGGGCAAGGUAAAUAGCGAAACUCCGAUUACCAAUGUGGGAAUUGAAAGGCUAAGAAAGCUGUUAG